UGCAGUUGAAAAAUGGCCGGAAAGAAAACAGAAAUUUAUGUUAUGUGAAGAAAAUGCCUCAGUUUUUAGGCGAUUCUUCCCAAAAUUCGCCAGGUAUCGGGGAAGACCAGGACGAAGUUGGAGACGCACAGUCAAGCGAGGAACAGAAUGAUGUUAUUCAAGAACCAGAAACGCCGGCAUUUCCGGUUCAAAACUUGCCGUACGAUGCCAUGCGAAGUGAGCCUCUUUUGACAAAUGUUCUUGUUGAACUAUACGACGGUGAGACGGACGAGCAAGGAUUCUUACAUGGCUAUGGGACAGCGUACUUUCAAGGUGGGAACAUUUACAAGGGCCAUUUUCAACGUGGUCUGAUGCAUGGAAAAGGCAAAUACAUUUGGCAGAAUAGGACAAUAUAUGACGGUGAUUUCCUUCACAAUCGUUUACAUGGUUAUGGUGCCUACAUAUGGCCAGAUGACAGUGUUUAUGAAGGAGAGGUGAUAAAUGGAUUGCGACAUGGUCAAGGAACUUUCACUUGCUCGACAACACCAUGUGUCUAUUCUGGCAUGUGGCGUGAUGGUAAACGUCAUGGUCAAGGUAUGUUGAAAUACGACAAGAAUGGUGUGUCAUAUUACCAGGGAGAAUGGUGUGAGAACCAACGUCAGGGUUUUGGCACUCGUAGAUAUGCCAGCGGUAAUGUCUAUGAAGGGAACUGGAAAAACAAUGUUCGGCAUGGUAAGGGUACCAUGAACUGGUACACCACCAAUGAAAAAUACACUGGCGAUUGGUACAAAGGUGUUCAACAAGGAUAUGGUGAGCAUACCUGGUUCCUAAGACGCAUCAAGGGGUCACAAUAUCCACUGAGGAACCGUUACGUUGGUAGUUUUGUGAAUGGUCUCCGUGAAGGUCAUGGUGUAUUUUACUAUGCAAGUGGUGCCAAAUAUGAUGGAGAAUGGGUGAAUAAUAUGAAGCAUGGCCAUGGAACAUUUGUUUUCAAAAAUGGGAUGGUCUUUAAAGGUGUAUUUGAUAAUGACCACAUGCUAGAAUACCCUGACAUCAACCCGUCUGGUAUGAUCACACCUGACAUCUCCUCCGCUGGUCUUCCUGUGCAACGCCCUGCCACGCCUGCUUCAUCAAUUCUCAGCGCUGAUUGGGCCAAUGGUUUGGAGCUUAACAUUGCCUUCCUGUUUGAUGACAGGGAAAUUGACUUGGAUGAACGAGAAUUAGAAACACAAGAAGUUAACUAUGUCAUGCUGCAGCAUAUCAGCAAAUUGAAAAAAAUUUACUCCCACUACAGUUCUAUUGGUGUUGACAAAUCACAAGACAACACGUCAGUCAUGACACUUAUGCAGUUCUGCCGUUUUCUAAAGGAUAUUAAAAUCCAUGGCAAGGAUGCAUCCCUACCUGAGAUAUUGAGGCUAAUUUCCAGCGAGAAGAAUACAGAUCCAUAUUAUCCCUGGGAAAAUAUCCUAAUACGCGAUUUCUUGACCUCAUUGGUGAUUAUCGCCAAUCACUUGUUUGCCGAUGAGUAUUGCCAUGAUAUUAACCAGCUAUUGCUGCCGUGGUGCUUAUCAAGACUGGUAACAGAGCAUGUUGUAAAACAUGCUGGUGUGGUCGGUGGUGUUGUUUACACCAAGCCAAGUAUAACAAUGGAACUCUCUCAAUAUGCUGAAAAAGCCUAUGGUAUCUAUCAGUAUUGGAUCUCCCAAGCCAAGCAAAUGCAACCUAAUAUUCAGUGUGUAAACAUGAGGUAUAUGCUGUGGAUGUUGAAAGAUUAUGGCCUCAUCAAUGAAGGAUUGUCAGCAAAGCAUGUCAUUGAUAUUCUUGCAUCGGAUGACUCCCGUGUUAUACAAGACGAGUUUAUCAACUUAGAGGUAGAAGUUUCCUUUCUGGAAGUGUUAGAGGCAUUAGUCCUGUGUGCCGAGGUGUAUGUCACAGACGAUGCAUUGAGAGAAACACCCACCCCUCAUCCAACAACCGUGGCCUCAUCGCAAGCAGCAAGUGCAAAAAGUCGUAAUUCAAGUGCUUCUGGAGGCCGUUUAGAAUCACCUGAAAGCCGUAUAUCCAGUCACUCUGUGUUGAACGUGAUUGAAGAGAAGCCGGAAGACGACCAGACCCCAACCGAGGUGGAACAGAAGCCUGCAGAUGCGAAGGUUGCCACACCUAUAAAUGUGGGCAUUCCUCUUCUUAGUAUUACAGCAUCAUCUACAGAUGAGUCAAAGCAACUUGUAAUAGAUGAUCUUAUUGAUGACGCAAAGAAUGAAAAUGAAUGUGGCGACUCGCAAGAUGUUGGCGAAAGCCGAGCAGUUGACGUGGGGAACAAAAAGUGUAGGGAUGGACAAGAUGAACCAGUAAUCAUAGAGGAUGACCACAGAGUAUGGUGUAUGAAAAUGAGCAUUUUCUUUAAGAAGAAAUUUUUUGCAGCAGCUGAUGAACAUGAAUUGUUAAACAAAAUAGCUCAGAAAAAUGUAUGAAGCUAGGCUAUAGUCAACAACAGUCAGUGAAUGUACAGCAUAUCUAAGGGUUAAAUAUUUGGCGUGAUGAAUAUGGUUGUUUUCAGUUUAUAUAUCAUUAGAUGUUAAUACACCAAAAAUUUGCAAGUAGUUUGUACUAUUAAGUUUUUGACAACCUUUAUCCUUUGAUGUUAGUUUUAUGACUUAGCGUCA